AUGGCCAAACUCAUAGAGAAGUUUUGGCGUCUUGAAGAAGCGUGCUUUCAAGACUGGGAACCAAAGCAACAUGACGAAUGCGAGGCGGAAAGUCACUUCCGCACAACGUUAGAGAUCGCUCCCGACGGGAGAUACAUUACACGAAUGCCCCUACGGGGGGAGCCGUCAUCGUUAGGCGACUCUUAUCAACAAGCAUAUAGAAGAUUCACAUCGCUUGAGCAAAGGCUCAAGCGGAAUGCAGACCUGUACAAAGAGUACAGGGCAUUCAUGAAUGAAUAUGAAACACUGGGACAUAUGGUAUCAGUCACCACAGAAGACUUUCACAAAGUAAAGUAUUUCAUCCCUCACUCGUGUGUGGUGAAACCAGAUUCAACAUCCACCAAGGUUAGGGUGGUGUUCGACGCAAGUGCAAAGACGUCAACCGGAGUAUCCCUGAACGAUAUACAAAUCGUGGGACCAACCAUUCAAAAGGACUUAUUUGAUCUGCUAAUUGAUUUCAAGACGCACAACGACGUGCUAGUAGCAGAUAUUGCAAAGAUGUACAGACAAAUUCACAUCGCAUACACAGACACUUGGUUACAAUGUAUUUUGUGGCGCGACAGCCCCAAUGAUCAAUUGAAAGCGUAUAGACUGACGACUGUCACAUAUGGUGAAGCGUCUUCAUCAUUCUUGGCCUGUAGGGCACUACACGAAGCAGCUGAAGAUUAUCGGUCGGUAAAUCCGAGAAUUGCCGACACCAUUCAACGAUCGUUCUAUGUUGACAAUCUAAUGAUUGGAGCGUCCAACGCAGAUGAACUGACGGAGACGAAACGAGAAAUAGAGCAUGCAUUGUCACUUCAUGGAUUUCCACUUCGAAAGUGGGCAUCAAACAACGCAAGCGUACUGGAAGGAAUUCCAGAGAAAGACUUGGAACCAUUGAUCCAAGUUGGUGACCAAGAGGUCAUAAAGACAUUGGGGAUAGCCUGGAACCCCAAAACAGACGUGUUCCAGUUCAUCAGUACGAAAAACAUAGGUGAAACAUACGAAGCGCUCACAAAGCGACAGAUGGUCUCGAAGAUUUUGAGACUGUAUGACCCAAUCGGAUUGAUACAACCUGUAAUCAUUACAGCUAAAAUAUUGAUGCAAGAAUUGUGGACUUAUAACGUCAGCUGGGACGAUGAUGUUCCAGAUCAAGCACUAAGCUCAUGGAAGAAGUUCGAAGCUUCAUUAGUGGAGCUCAGCAAGAUAGAAAUACCUCGGAUGUCGACUCCGAGUCAUACGAUCGCACUAGAUUUACACGGAUUCAGUGACGCCUCCGAAAAGGCUUAUGGAUGCGUCAUUUACUUACAUGCAAUCAACUUAAAAGGAGAAGAGAGUACGAAUCUCUUAUGUUCGAAAUCGAGAGUGGCGCCUUUGAAGAAGGUCACUCUGCCCCGUCUGGAACUCUUGGCGGCGGCACUUCUAGCAGAACUAACUGCUAAAAUAAAGAGCAUUCUGGCCGGUCGAAUCUCGUCGGAAUAUUACUACAGUGAUUCACAAGUAGCGCUAAGUUGGAUCAAAUCUUCAAAUACACGUUGGGGAACCUUCAUUAGAAAUAGAGUGCAGAAGAUACACUCCACCACGAAUCCAGAGCAUUGGAAAUAUAUAUCUACGAAAGAAAAUCCGGCUGAUAUGGUUUCGAGAGGAAUUCCAGUCAGAAAAUUACGCGAAGCAAAACUAGAAUUUUGGUUACACGGACCGGAAUGUAUACGAAGAAGACAAUAUUAUCUGCAGAGCGGCUACGAAUACACUGCUGCUGCAGAACAGGAAGAGAUUAAAGAACCAAUAACACGAUUGGUAGCAGCAACAGGAAAGGCAUGCGAAGACUUAAUCGCAAAAUACCCGCACCAUCACACUCAUGACAAAACAGUAAGACACUUUGCAUGGCUGUGUAGAGCCAUAAACAAUAUGAAGAAGGUCAAUAAAGACACAGGCAUCAGAAACGAAAAGAGAUCGGGCCCACUCACCACCACUGAAUUGAAUGAAGGACUAACACUCGUAGUUCGAAUUAUGCAAGCCACUAUUUAUCCAAAUGAAGUAGCGGAAUUACGAAAAACUGGGAAGGUGCCUACGAAAGGACCUUUCCAGCAUCUCAACGCAAUCGUCAGAAAUGGAGUCAUACAUGUCACAGGGAGACUCCACAAUGCAGAAAUGCCCAUCUCACAAAAGAAUCCAAUAUUGAUUCCCAAAUCGCACCCAUUUUCGAGGGUAAUAAUUCAAAAAAUACAUGAGGAUAGAUUUCACGCCGGAACAGAUCUGGUAAUAAACGAAUUUCGACAAAGAUUUUGGAUGAGGGAUCUCCGAAGGACCGUACAAGGAGUCAUUCAACGAUGCAUCUUAUGUGCCAAAGCGCGGCCCAGACGUUUACAGCAACGAAUGGGACAACUGCCCUCGCCCAGGGUAAAUGAAUCAGUAGCGUUCACUCACACGGGAGUGGACUUAUGUGGGCCAUUCGAAGUAUAUCUCAAUCAAAAAUCGAAAUGCAAGACCACAGCAUAUGCUUGCAUCUUCAUAUGUUUUGCGACCAAAGCAGUUCACCUAGAAGUCGUCGAAGAUCAGUCGACGGCAGCGUUCAUAUCAGCACUUCUCCGUUUCACAUCAGUGAGGGGAAUACCCGAGGUUAUUUACUCCGACAAUGGGCGGAACUUUGUCGGGGCCAGCAGAGAACUUAAUCGUUUACGAAGAAUAUAUAACAAUGAAGUUUUUCAAAACAAAUUAGUUGAUAUUGCGGCAACUCACAGAAUAAGAUUUUCAUUCAUUCCACCCCGAAGCCCCAGCUUUGGAGGACUUUGGGAAGCGAACAUAAAGGUAGCCAAGCGGCUCUUUAGUGCAGCGGCCAGAGGAGCACAGCUAAACAUCAUGGAAUUGCAGACACUGUUCUACCAAGUGGCCGCAAUAAUGAAUUCGCGACCACUCACACCUGUUUACACGACGCCAGAUUCACCGACCGCGAUCACACCCGGUCAUUUUUUGAUAGCACGCCCAAUGCUAGCCGUGCCCAUCCCUACGCAGAGUGAGGAUGGAAGCAAUCUCACAACCAGAUGGAAACGAGUACAAUCGCAGCUCGAACAAUUUUGGAGAAGAUGGAGAGACGAGUAUCUCCACCAGUUACGUGAUUAUGCAAAAUGGACCAAGCAACAAGCCAACGUUAAGGUAGGCCAAAUCGUAUUGAUCGGAGACGAUCACCUUCCCGUAGCAAGGUGGCCUAUGGGAAUUGUCACACAAAUACACCCUGGAGAUGAUGGAGUAGUCCGAGUGGCAGUAGUGCGAACCGCUACCGGAAUUUACAAACGCAACGUGAGAACACUUGCUCCUCUACCAGUCGAGGAGCACACCAUUCAACCCAUUAUAGAAGAGUAUGACAACACAGCUGAUAACGAACAGCAAUCUCAAGCCGAAGCAAUCGAACUAGAAGACGAUCCCCCUCCCCAAGCACCCCAAAUGAUUUGGGACGGUAGACUACGCCCUCGUCCCAAAGGGGGGAGAAAAUGGAAGUACACGAAAUCAGAUUGGGUGACGACCCUAUGA